AUGUUUGGUGCCUGUAUAAGCGGAUAUCCAGUGGCAGUGGCUACGGAGGUUGAGCCCCUUAAAUAUACGAUUCAAUUCUCCGGGAUCAGGCGAAACGUGUCUCAUUUCUGUCUGUUCCUCUUGCCUGGAGUACCAUUUGACCCUGGCUACACAGCUCUGGUAUACUAUCAGAUCUCAAGCAAAGUCGAGGAUCUUUCACGACCAAAUGAAUUCACGCUGUUUGGAGGUUUAAUGGCGAGUAAGCCCAGUGCUAUCUUCAAGAUGAGCAAUCCGUAUGCUUCAUCUGGAGCAACAGAUGCCGAUAUGGGAAUGGAUAUGGAUUUUGGUGACGAUGCCAAUUCUGUGGAUAUCACGAUUGGAAUCUCGAUUGAGCCAAACGCUCAGGCUGCAUUGGCGCUAUCAAAAGUUUCAAAACCUCAAUCCAGUGCUCUGGUGCCGAAGUCUGGCUCCAACAUCACAUCCCCACAUGAGCUGAUGGUGAGCACAGCCAACAAAAUAAUCGGAAAGGCUUACAACUAUCUCAGCGGUUUUGCUGAUAAUAACAACAAGGUUGAUAUCUCGAAGUUCAAUGAGUGGUGGACGAGGUUUAUUUCGAAGUACGAGAGUGAUCCUAACUACUUGUCCCGGGAUGGAUAG